CUCCGGGGAGAAGUUUCAGCGGCAGAAGACAUGACACAUGCGUGAGUGUGGAGGAUGAAAACGUCCAAACUGGAAGGUUUCCUGAUGAGACACAGACGGCUGCUGUGUUAGCCCGCCUGCACACACUCACACACGGGGAGAGAGAGAGGGAAGAGCUCGUUAGCCGCUAAAAGCUAACCGCAGCUAGCGAGCUAACGCGGCAGCGCGGCGCGGUGGGCGAAGCUAGCGGCGCCGAAAGCGACGUUUGGGAGUUAGCCGCCGCUGCUAACGAGCUAGCACAGUGAGGAGGAACCUGGUGUUGACAUUUGAGAGGACCAAAAAAGCUGCAGGAUGAAGAAGUUCUCCAGGAUGCCGAAGUCUGAGAGUGGAGGGCUCGGAGGAGGGGCGUCCGGGUCCGGGUCUGGAGUCAGCAGCUACUUGGGGAGAGUGUUUGCAAUCGGCCGGUAUCAAGUCACCGUGGAUGAGCUCAUUGCAGAGGGAGGCUUCUCGGUGGUGUUUCUGGCUCGUACGCACAGCGGCGUCCGCUGCGCUCUCAAAAGGAUGUACGUCAACAACGUCCCGGACCUGAAUGUCUACAAGAGGGAGAUCACUAUCAUGAAGGAGCUGUCGGGUCAUAAGAACAUCGUCGGCUACCUGGACUCCACCAUAAACGCCGUGUCAGACAGCGUCUGGGAGGUCCUGAUCCUCAUGGAAUACUGUAAAGCGGGUCAGGUGGUGAAGCAGAUGAACCAGCGGUUGAAUGUUGGUUUCAGCGAGGCCGAGGUCCUCCACGUCUUCUGUGACUCCUGCGAGGCCGUGGCCCGCCUGCAUCAGUGCAAGACGCCCGUCAUCCACAGAGACCUCAAGGUUGAAAACAUCCUGCUGAACGACCAGGGGAAUUAUGUUCUGUGUGACUUCGGAAGCUCCACUCACAAGAUUCUGCUGCCACAUAAAGAUGGAGUGACCGCCGUGGAGGACGAGAUUAAGAAGUACACGACCCUUUCAUAUCGAGCGCCGGAGAUGAUUAACUUGUACGCAGGGAAAGCCAUCACCACUAAGGCUGAUAUAUGGGCUCUUGGAUGCUUGUUGUACAAGCUGUGUUUCUUCGCGCUUCCAUUUGGGGAGAGUCAAGUUGCCAUAUGUGACGGAACCUUUAUCGUUCCAGAUAACUCCAAAUUCUCCUACAAGCUGCACUGUUUAAUCCGAUAUAUGCUCGAACCAGAGCUGGAGAAGAGACCCGACAUUUACCAGGUGUCCUACUUUGCCUUCAAAUUAGCUGGAAAAGACUGUCCAGUGCCAAAUCUCUUUAACUCUCCCAUCCCUACGUCGCUUCCGGAGCCUCUAACUGCUAGUGAGGUCGCUGCUCGGAAAAGCAUGACGAAAGCCAGGAUAACAGACGACGUCGGCCCGACAGAAACCUCCAUAGCUCCCAGACAGAGACCAAAAGCGGCAAACAGUAACGUCCUGCCGCUCGCCAACACUGUCACCCCCGUCAAGAUGACCGCGCCUUCAGCACCCGUCAGCAACGGCCAGAAAGCUUCCACCCCCGCCUCUGCGCCGCCAUCCAUGCAGCCCCAGCCUGGCAGUCAGCAGCACCGAGUCCUGCAGCAGCUGCAGCCCGGUGACCUGCGUCUCCAGCAGCUACAGCAACAACAGCAACACCAACAGCACCAACAGCACCAACAACACCAACAAGCAGUGCAGCAACAACAUGCAAACGCGCAGCAACUUCAAUACCUCCAGUACCAACAGGCUGUGCAGCAGUCCCUCCAGCUUCAGCAGCAGCAGCAGCAGCAGGCUCUCCUCCAGCAGCAGCAGCAGCAGCAGCAGCUGAUGAUGCAGCCGAUGUACCAGCAGCAGGUCGCUCAGGCCCAGGCCCAAGCUCACGCUCACGCCCAGGCUCAGUACGCAGCCAUGCUGCACCAGUACCAACAGGCUUUUGUCCAGCAGCAACAACAACAACAGCAUCAUCAACAACAACAACAACAACAACAACAUCAUCAGCAGCAGCAUCAUCACCCUCCCGCUCAGCAGCCUCUCCCCUACAUGUCCUCCCCUCUUGAGUUCCAGAUCCCACUGGGUUCCUACAACGCCACCACUCCCACUGCCAGAGUCGCAACUGGGCAGCUGGGCGGACCAUCGCCUGUGGAUCCCUCGUACAAUAACCCUGGUAGAAACCCUCUCCUCUCGUCUGACGGCAUCACGCCGCCGUCUCAGAGCUGCAACAGCGCCGUCAGUCACCCCCCCGACAUGUCGCGCUGGAACCCUUUCGGAGAGGACAACUUCUCCAAGCUGACCGAGGAGGAGCUCAUCGACCGCGAGUUUGACCUGCUGAGAGCAAAUAAACCAGUGGAGAGAACAGCCAGCGUGGAAACAGACCGACUGCAGCCUGCCGCCCACGCCGCCAAACCCCCACUACCAGAGGACCUGUUCGGCUCGGUCCCGUUCGUGGCCAGCGCAGGUACCGAUGAGAUGAAGACUGAGCCGACCAAUGAGGAAGUCGCCGUUCCUGCCCUCGUCUCAACCGCUGCAGAGAGUCUAGAGCCGGUGGUGGCAGCGGCGGCCAAGGAGCACAAACCGGGCAGAAAGAGCAACUGCAGACCCGGCGAAGAGUCCGACAGCGACUUCGAGUCCGACCCUCCGUCGCCCAAAAGCAGCGAGGAAGAAGAGGUGGAGGAGGAAGAAGGGCUGAACAGUGAGCACGGCGAAGACACCGAGCCGGAGAUUAUCGGACAGAGGCCUCUGCUGAUGGACUCUGAGGAAGAGGGAGAGGAAGAUGAAGACAAGCACAGCUCGGACUCGGACUACGCCCCCAGCAGGGUCAAGAACCGUUUGAGGAAAGUUCCGGCCGGUAAAGCAGCAGCUCUGGCCGCCGCUAGAAGGAGUCCUGAGGAGGAUUCAGCCAUGACUCUGAUCAGCCCUCCGGAGUCGCCAAGCGGAGCGAGAGCUGCUCCAGCUGGGGAUUCGGUGGAUGUUUUUGGUGCUAUUCCGUUCCUCGGAGGAACCUCGCCCGUCGGGCCUUCAGUAAGCUCGGACAUCUUCGCCAAAGCGCCUUUCAGACAAGUCAGCCACGAGGAGCGAACCGCGGACGACUUUGACGUUUUUACCAAAGCGCCAUUCAGCCGGAACCUCUCCAGGUCGGGCAGGAGCGGCAGCGACGUUCCCAUGGGCCAAUCGCCGCCCGUUUCCCCCGAUGGCAUCGACGUAUUCGGCUUCUCCCCCUUCCAGCCGCCUCCCACCACCUCCAGAAGCGCAGAAGACAUCUUCCAGCCGUCGUACGAGGAGUCGGCCAGCCCUCAGCAGCAGAGGCUGAAGCAGCGCAGCCUCCAGAAGCUGUCGUCGCGCCAGAGGAAAACCAAGCAGGAGGCGGCGGCCGGCGGAGGCAACGGCAAACGCCACCACAGCACUCCGACCAGCGGGCGCAAGACCGGCAAGCCGACUUACCGCACGCCGGAGCGGGUACGCAGACACAAGAAGGUCGGCCGGAGGGACUCGCAGAGCAGCAACGAGUUCCUCAGCACCUCGGACUCGAAAGAGAACAUCAGUGUCGACAUAACGAUGGCCGAAGGGAAAGACAAAGGAGCUUCUCUGCCGGUGGACGAGAACCUGUUAGACCCGUUCGGAGCCAAACCCUUCCAGCCUCCGGACGGCAGUCGGCACGGCCAGUAUCAAGGACUUACCGAAAGCAAAAGCGACUCGGGCACGGCCAAUGGGAAGUCCUGGUCGGGCCCCCUUCACGGUGCUCUCGGAGACGACAGCAUGGAUGAUUUCGGCGCGCCGCCCUUCGUAGAAAUGGUCGUCCACGACGGACCGCAGCAGCAGGCGCCGCCCUCACAACCGCUGGACCUCGACCCGUUCGGAGCUGCACCUUUUCCCACCAAGCAGUGACUUCUUCCUUGCGGUCUUCCCUCUCUCUGCCAGUUGCGAUUGAAUAACCUCUCAUCUUUUUUGUUUUCGGGGCUUGGGAACACCUUCAACCAAUCGACAAGCUAACCCCAACGCUUCUUUUUUUAAAUACAUCUCUCCGUUUGAAUAACAAAAAACCCUAAAUCCUGUGGAGUGUGAGAGAUGUUUCCACAUAUCUUUCAGCUGUACCUUUGUGCUGAGAAAGCCUUUUUAUGCUGCAUCUUAACGCUUCUAAAGACGUUUGAACCCGAUCGGAAAAACGCUGCAAAAAAGCUCUUUAUGGCUUGCCUUCUGAUCUACAAAUAUGUUUUUUUAUUUUUAGCACCACGAAGCCUUACCUGAGCUGGGCUCCGCCUUGCUGCACAGUACCUCGGAAACCACGACACGGUCGGCGACACGUUGGCCUUUUUGUGUCCGUGGAAUCAUCCGGGAGUUGACCUUAACCACUUUUUUUAUCCUUACUAGAUCUUUCUCUAUGCAUAAUUUCACCGUAGUCUUUUACGCAGCCAGUCGUGGCUUUGAUUUGUUUUGCUUUACACUUUGAAUACUAGAAGGGAACACAUUUUUUGUUGUACUUCCUUUAAAAACUUGUCAAUUGGGUUCAAGUUUAAAUUUAGGCUCUUAACAGUUUAUUUUAUUUCCUAGCAGUAAACCUCUAGGUAAGUAUAGUUAAUUCUUUAUUUUAUUAAGUUAUAAACUCAACACAUUCUGUUAGAAAUAAGAAAUUAAAACGCAAAGCCGUGUUAGAUCACUGGUCUUUGACCCCUUCGAAAACUCACAAGCUCAGCAAUGUUAGUGAUAAAUAUAACAUUUUUGGUCUUUUUCGGGUUAUUUGUGAACAAAACAGAAUAUCACAAGUUAUUUUUAUGUCAAUUGACAUAUUCAUAAAGGAAUAUAAAAUCCAAGGCCGGCUGAGUAACUUGAAGAGUAAUCAGGUAAUUUGUAUUCAUGAACGCACUUUUUUCGGGCGCUGAAUUCUUUCAUGAACGAGUUGUGUUCUCUACAUCGACGGCCUUAAGCACAGAUUUCACCUUCACAACAAAUAGUUUGAAUUAAAACCUGCAGGUUGCCGUGUUUUCACCAGUGGAACCAUUUGAUACCAAUACUUUCCCUCUUUUAUUUUUAUUUUUUUUUCACAAGGGUAAAUCUGAUAUUGUAUUUAUCAUGCUAUACU